CGCUCUCGGUCUACUUAGCCCACCAUGCGCGCCCACCGCCUCUCGGUCCUCCUCCUGCAGGCAGGGUGCGCUCUGCUCCAGGCGGGGGCCGCCACGGUGGCCCCCGUACCCCUAAGGGCGCAAGGGCAGCCCUCGUCGCCGUCCCCUCUGGCGUACAUGCUGAGCCUCUACCGCGACCCGCUGCCCGGGGCCGACAUCAUCCGCAGCCUGCAGGCGCAAGACGUGGAGGUGGAUGGGCAGAACUGGACCUUUGCUUUUGACUUCUCCUUCCUGAGCCAGCAAGAGGAUCUAGUGUGGGCUGAGCUCCGGCUGCAGCUGGCCAGUCCCAUGGACCUUCCCGCCGAGGGCCUGCUCACCAUUCAGAUUUUCCACCAGCUCAAGCUGGACUCAGAGCAGCACCCAGCCACCUGCCCAGAGCGUCUUGGGAUGGAGCUGUUCACCAUCACACCAUCCCAGGUCACCUUUUCCUCGGGCAGCAUGGUCCUGGAGGUGACCAGGCCGCUCUCCAAAUGGCUGAAGGACCCUGGGGCACUGGAGGAGCAGAUGUCCAGUGUGGCCAGAGAGUGCUGGCAGCGUUCCCCCGGCCUGCCUGUCACGGUCACUGUCACCGAUGUGCUCCUGUUGCUCUACUCCAACCUGUCCAGGGAGCAGCGGCGGCUGGGUGGUGCCACUUUGCUGUGGGAAGCUGAGAGCUCCUGGAGGGCCCAGGAGGGACAGCUGUCCCAGGAGAGGGCCAGGAGGCACCGUCGGCAUCACUUGCCAGACAGAAGCCGGCUGUGUCGCAAGGUCAAGUUCCAGGUCGACUUCAACCUGAUUGGAUGGGGCUCCUGGAUCAUCUACCCCAAGCAGUACAAUGCCUAUCGCUGCGAGGGGGAGUGUCCCAACCCUGUGGGCGAGGAGUUCCACCCCACCAACCACGCAUACAUCCAGAGUCUGCUGAAACGCUACCAGCCCCACCGGGUCCCUUCCACCUGCUGUGCGCCAGUCAAGACCAAGCCACUGAGCAUGUUGUAUGUAGACAACGGCAGGGUGCUGCUGGAGCACCACAAAGACAUGAUCGUGGAGGAGUGCGGCUGCCUUUGACAGAUCCUGGAGGAACUUCGGAUUUGCCUGCACCCUAGUUUGGGAAGCUCCCGGGAGACACGGUAGCAUCUAUCCAGAGAGAAGAACAGAGGGGAGAAGUGGCUCUGUGGACCAGUGCCAUGGAGGAAGGGCUGCCCACUCUGCAGUGAAGGGCUCUGCCGGGCCCCCUCGGGAAGAGGGGCAGGAGGAAGCUUGUUGGGCCUGGCGAGCUUCCGCCUCACUGAAGACAGUGGUGAGCAAAAGUGCAACUGCAAGAGUUCUUUACCCGAUUUCUUUUUUUACCUUGAAAUCCUGUGCAAAGUUGGGGCAUGUGUGCAUUUAUUUUUGAGAUGAGGCAAGGCCAUCUAUAGCUUUUGUGUAUUCUCAAAAGUGGUCUAUGACAUGUGGUCUCCUCCCCAAACUUAUGCAUCGUUUUAUGAGAUCAACCCCCCCCCCCCACACCUUUCUUGCUGGCCAGUGGCAAUCUGUCCCUGGAGGGGUCUCUGCUAAUUGCAUAAAUAACGAAGUCAUUGUCUAGUUCCCCUAGGGCAGCCGGUGCCUUUAACAGGAGAGGCAGGGACUUAUCCAAGAGGACUGGCCACACUGGACUACAUUUGCUGGGGCCCUCAGAUGUCCCCAAGUCAGUCUGCUUGGCAGAUACAACCCAAAUCUAUUAAACAUGGUGACAAUUGA